CUUAUUCUUCCCAAUGUCGACAACAUGUUAGCAAAGCCUUUCGGCUUCUCUGCCACGAAUCAAGAGUUUUGCCUACGGAGACUAUAUGUAGUCAUGAUUUUAUUACAAUGUAGGUCUUGUCGUUGGAGCACAAUCUAGGACAUCGGAAGCCCGAUACUAGAUCUUCAGACAUUGCCCUCCCACUCUUCAACAGUGCUCUCCAAUUCUUCUUGAGCUUUCAGAUUUCAUUCUUUAUUUCUACAAGAUACAAUGUCUUCAUCUAGCUCUCCCAAACGGAUCCGCCUCGGCAUUCUCACUCCAUCAUCAAACACCGCCCUCGAACCACUUACCUACGAGCUCAUCACAGUUCUCAACGCCCACCUUCCUUCAACCCAGAUAACAGCACACUUCUCCCGAUUCUCCGUCACCAAGAUCUCAUUGACGCCGGAUGGCCUUGCACAAUUCGACCUAGGUCCUAUCCUCGCAGCUGCCCAACUGCUCGCCGACGCACAAGUAGACAUCAUAGGCUGGUCUGGUACAUCUGCGGGCUGGCUAGACUUCUCUCAAGACCUUACAUUAUGUGCCGAAAUCGAGAAAGCUACAGGGAUCAAAGCUACGACUAGUAUACUAGCUUUGAACAAAGCAUUGGAGUUAUGGGAUGUGAAGAAGUUGGGAUUGGUGACGCCGUAUUUGGAUGAUGUGCAAGCGAAGAUUGUAGAGAAUUAUAAGGGUAUUGGGGUUGAGAUUGGAGAGAAGAUGGAGAGACAUCUGAGAGUUGUGAAGAACACUGAUAUUGCGGAUAUUGGAGAAAAGACUUUGGAUGGGAUGGUGGGCGAUGUGGUUGGGAGUGGAGUAGAUGCUGUUACGACAUUUUGCACGAAUCUUAUUGCGGCACAGAGGGUGAGAUUCUGGGAGGAGAAGUAUAAAGUGCCGGUCUUUGAUACGGUAACUACGGUUGUAUGGGAUAUGUUGAGAGAAUGUGGUGUUGACGCGAAAGGAACCAAGGGAUGGGGCAUGAUUUUCGACAAGAAUUGAAGUCAAUACUUUCACAUAUCUAUCCUUUCUACUGUUGCCCGAAUACUGGGAUCUUCAAUCCAUGCAUACCCUUAUACCCAGGUGGUUGGCUCUCUUUCCAAUCCUUCAAUACUUCUUCCUUCCCUUCGAUCUCAUACACUGCUACACCUAAUGGCCUACAAGUUUCCAGCAUCCUCUGAGCAGAAUCUCCACCCCAGCCGUAGACAGAAAGAUCUCCACCGGGACAGGCGGACAUCGCACACAAAAGAUCAGU